GUGCGCGCGCGCGAGGUUCACCCUCUGACCGCUCCUAAUGCACCAGCCUCGCUCUUUCUCCGGUUUUCUCGUUUUUUCUCUCGUUUUUUCUCGGGUUUCCCGCUUUGUCACAGACACAGCACACAGCCGACAGGGUGUAGCGCGACCCCAGCGCCCCCAACUGCUGCUGCAUCCUGGUUUUAAUGGUUUUAGACGUGAGAAGGUUGAGUGGAUGUGCACGUGAGGCUGUAAGCAGCAGCAGUAGCGGCUCUACGCCUCCUGAGAGCCACAUGCUCAGCAUUCCUCUAUUACAGAGCUGCCUCUGCUCUACACCAACAAAGCUAUGCGGAUCCAUAGCCUCCUCCUGCUGUUCCUUUCAACCCUCAGCAGAUGUUCAUCCCUCAGCCCAGACACUGAAGAAGUUCCUCAUGCCUAACUUCACCCCAGAGACCUUCAUCUGUCUCUCUGUCUAUCUGUCUGUCUGCGCAGGAUUAGAAAGAGCUGAGAGCUGCAGAAAUCCAGUUUUUGACAUCGCCCAUCAUUUUCCUGAUUGAGUGCCUGUGGCCAUCACGCAUCUCUGGCCACGCCCCUCGAAGCCUUCCACCAAUCAAGGCCGACACACUAUCACCAUGGACACAGACUCUGUUCACUCUGGCCAGUCUCACCAGUCACGAGGGUCAAACAGACACAGUGAGCGCAGCAGCAGAGAACGGCACAAACCACGCAGCCGCGACGGCAGCAACCGAUCCGACAAGAACGUCACCAUCAGCACCACGUCCGCACACACAGCCGGAGCCGAGCAGACCCCGCCCACCACCGAGCCACAGGAUGAUAACUGGGCUGAGACCACCACAGCGGUCACGGGCACAUCUGACCACAGUCUCUCUCAGGAGGAUUUAGCUGGUUUUGGUAAAGACUCUGAAGCUCCGGUGCAGAGGCAGAGCUGGCUGGCCUUCCUGCCGCUGGCGCUCACUCUGCUGCUGGGGGUCCUGGUGCUGGUCACCCCCCUGGCCUUCCUGCUGCUCCCCCAGCUGCUGUGGCCCGAGCGGCUGCAGGCGUGCGGGACGGCCUGCGAGGGGCUCUUCCUCUCUCUGGCCUUUAAACUGCUGAUCCUGCUGCUGGCGGGCUGGGCGGUGUUCCUGCGGCGGCCGCGGGCUGCGCUGCCACGGCUCGCCAUCUUUAAAGCCCUGCUGGCUCUCCUCACUCUGCUGCUGCUGCUCUCCUAUUGGCUCUUCUUCGGAGUGCGCAUCCUCGACUCACAGGAUGAGAAUUAUCAGGGUAUAGUGCAGUUUGCAGUGUCGCUGGUGGAUGCCCUGCUGUUUACACAUUACUUGGCCGUGGUGCUGCUGGAGGUUCGGCAUCUUCAGCCAUGUUUCUGCCUGUGUGUGAUUCGCUCUACUGAUGGAGAGAGACGCCACUACAACCUGGGACAGCUCAGUAUUCAGCGGGCGGCUGUGGUGGUUCUGGAACAGUAUUAUAAGGAUUUCUCUGUGCAUAACGCUGCUCUGCUGACGGCUGCUAAAUCCAGAACAGCCAAACACCUGGCUGCUCUAAAAGUUUAUAAUGUGGACGCGUUUAAAGCUAAACUGAAAACCUAUCUCUCUGACUGUCCCGGGAGUGAUGGUGGAGCAAGUCAAUCCCGAGCCAAAAUGGCAGCAGCCGCCCGGCACAAAGACACCAGCCACAGCGAGCUGUACUACGAGGAGGCCGACCACGAGAGGAGAGUCCGCAAACGCAGAGCACGGCUGGUGGUGGCAGUAGAGGAGGCCUUCACACACGUACAGAGGCUGCAGGAGGAGGAGAAGAAGAAGCCUCCAGGUGAUGUGAUGGAUCCUCGCGAGGCAGCACAGGCUAUUUUCCCCUCGAUGGCCCGAGCCCUGCAGAAGUACCUGCGGACCACCCGCCAGCAGCACUGCCACACCAUGGACAGCAUCCAGACCCACCUGGCCUUCUGCAUCACCAACAACAUGACCCCGAAGGCAUUUCUGGAGAGUUAUCUGAGCUCAGGACCCACUCUGCAGUACGGACGGGAGUGUUGGCAGGCGCUGCAGUGGACGCUGGUCAGCGAGGCGGCGGUCACCAGCCCCCUGAGGGACGGCACCGAGUUCCAGCUGAAAAACGCUGACUUCAGCCUGGUGGUCAGCACCAAGUCCAUCCCCCACCUCAAGAUCAGCGAGGUGUACGUCCACCCAAAAUCACACAAAUUCGUCCUGCUGCUGCAGUCAGAGACGUCCGUCUGACACCGGCCGAGUCUCCAUUACAUCAUCUUACUUUUCUACACGAUAAACUUUGGAACAGUGUUUUUUCCUGAUGGAUUUCUUUUGGAAAAAAAAAAAAUUGCCCACGCUUUUUUUCACUUUUUACUAAUCGCAUUUUACAUAUCGGACAUAUUUUGAUACGCAGCCAUUUUUUUUUUUUGUGGAACUGAAUGGGAAAAAAUAAACGUAUUUAUGAAUAAUUGACGGACAUGCCUGAGUGCAUAUACCCUAUGUGCAUAAGUGUUGAAACGAGUGUUUGUAUGUUGCACAGUGUUUAAGGAAUUAAACUGUACAUUAAAGGUGAGGUCAGACAGUAGCGUAAAAAAUGUAGGAGUGUUGUGUUACACAUCGUUCAAAACCUGUUCAAAACCUCCCAAUCAAAAUAAAAAAAGAAAGAAAUUAGACGGAAAUGGAAAGUGUUUAGCGUCAGAUACCACAGACAGUCAUUUAAUAUAAUGCAUUUAUAGCCAUUCAUGCUUAUGGAAGACUCAAAGCUCACUUUUAAUAGAAGACAAUUGGAAUUUUUGAAUUGUGUGAAUUUUGUUAAAACACCCAAGGUAAAAAUCUCUGUUAAUCUAUCUUCAAAAAAGCAUGAAGCAUUAUUUUAUUAGUAAUACUUUUGUCAUUGACAAAAAGUUAAAUGGACAACACCCCUUUAGGUAAAUAUCACAGCUUGUAAAUAGCCUGUUUUUUGGAGCCAGCAAUCAUAUAAGUAUACUUCCAGAUUUCCCGAGUUCCUGUUAACUGCCAUUUUUAAUAACCAAACGAAGGAAAUGACUGCCUGAAAAUGCUCCUGAUUUGUGGAUAUCUGUUACAGUAUGUUAUUGUUGGGAUACAUAUAUGCCGAUUGUUGGGAAAAGUUAAAAUUGGUACCAUUUUAAAAUAUGGCUCCUUUAUAAAGGAUUUUUAAAUAGCUUAUAAUGGUUUAUUAAUACUAUUAAUUAGGUUAUAAAUAUGUUGUAAACCAUUACUAAGCAUUUACAACACUUACAUAGAAAGGACAACAGUGGCCUGUAAUUUUAGAAUAUUUAUACUGUUAAAUCUCAUAUAACAUUCUGUAUGCUUAUCUUACUUUGUCGUCUGUUUCAUCAGUCAUCAGUCAUUAACAUAUCUGUUAUUAACUUUAACUACCCGGAUUAAUCUUGGAUUAAAUGUGGUGUAUAUUAAAAUAAAUUAAUAAUAAAGAACUAAACUGACUUUAUAUAUUACUUUUUAGGUAUAAAAAUCAGGUAUUAAUGCUGACUGAUAAAAAAUAAAAAAAAUAAAAAACAA